AAUCCAUCACUCCUUUGUUUGGUGAAUUGUGUUCAUCUUUAAGAAAAUGGGGAGGUUAAUACGGUUUUCCCAAAUCCUCUGCCUUUCCUUCAUGUUGUUACAGUUUCGAGUCCAAAGCUCAUCACCUUUUCAAUCUUCUCUCGAUUCAUCACCACAUUUGUGCCGUCCUGAAGAGCGUUCUGCAUUGCUUGAUUUCAAAAGCACCACUAAUUUGGUGGACAACUGGUUUUGUACUCCUCGUCCUAUAAUACAAACUUGGAACGAGAGUAAAGACUGCUGCUCGUGGGAAGGCAUCGCAUGCGACAAGCGGAAUGGUCACGUGAUUGGCCUUGAUCUUAGCAGUAAUUGUCUUGAAGCCAAUCUAACUACAAAUAGUAGUCUCUUCCGCCUUGAGAAAUUGCAGAGUCUCAACCUUUCUGACAAUUAUUUUCAUUAUCCUAACAUCUCAUUUGGGUUCAACCGUUGGAAGAGUCUGACAUAUCUUAAUCUCUCAGGUUCAGGAUACAUGUAUGGCUCUCUCCUAUUUGAUGAGAUCUUCUUGCUAUCGAAAUUAGUUUCACUCGAUCUCUCUUUUAAUGAUGGUUUGUUUCUUGACAACAUAAAGUUUCAAAUGCUUGUGCAUAACUUAACAGAAUUGAGGUUUCUUAUCCUUGAUUCUAUGAAUAUGUCUCUGCUUGUGCCUUCUUCCUUGCCAAACUUGACUUCUUCCUUGGAGCAUUUGAGCCUUAGCAAUUGCAAUUUACAAGGAAACUUUCCAGGCCAAGUUUUUCAGCUAACGAACUUGGUUUCACUCGAUCUCUCUGAUAAUGAUGGUUUGCUUCUUGAUAACAUAAAGUUUCAAAUGCUUGUGCAUAAUUUAAUAGAAUUGAGGUUUCUUAUCCUUGAUUCUGUGAAUAUGUCUCUACUUGUGCCUUCUUCCUUGCUAAACUUGACUUCUUCCUUGGAGCAUUUGAGCCUUAGCAAUUGUAAUUUGCAAGGAAACUUUCCAAGCCAAGUUUUUCAGCUAAUGAAAUUGGUUUCACUCGAUCUCUCUUUUAAUGAUGGUUUGCUUCUUGACAACAUAAAGUGUCAAAUGCUUGUGCAAAACUUAACAGAAUUAAGGUUUCUUAUACUUGAUUCUGUGAAUAUGUCUUUGGUUGUGCCUUCUUCCUUGCUAAACUUGACUUCUUCCUUGGAGCAUUUGAGCCUUAGCAAUUGUAAUUUGCAAGGAAACUUUCCAAGCCAAGUUUUUCAACUAAAGAAACUGGUUUCACUCGAUCUCUCUCUUAAUGAUGGUUUGUUUCUUGAUAACAUAAAGUUUCAAAUGCCUGUGCAUAACUUAACAGAAUUAAGGUUUCUUAUCCUUGAUUCUGUGAAUAUGUCUUUGGUUGUGCCUUCUUCCUUGCUAAACUUGUUUUCUUCCUUGGAGCAUUUGAGCCUUAGCAAUUGUAGUUUGCAAGGAAACUUUCCAAGCCAAGUUUUUCAGCUUCCAUCUCUCCAGCUUCUUGAUUUAAGCUCCAACUCUCAUUUAGGAGGAGAGUUGCCUCAUUCAAUCGGAAAUCUUAAACUCCUGAAGGAAUUGAAUCUUCGUGGCUGCCAAUUUUAUGGAUCAAUUCCUAGAUCUCUUGCAAAUCUUACAAAGAUAACUCAACUAGAUUUUUCUUCCAACCAUUUUCGAGGGCAAAUACCAGAUGCUUUUGGAAAAAUGCACAAGCUAGAUUAUUUGAACUUAUAUGCAAACAAUUUUGGUGGUGAAAUUCCUGCAUCAAUCUUCAACCUCACUGAUCUUUCUUCUUUGUCACUAUCAUCAAAUAUGCUAAUAGGGCCUCUUCCUCACAAUAUAAGUGGACUCUCAUUUUUAAAUGAGUUUCUAAUGGAUAAUAAUUUCAUCACAGGUUGUAUACCAUCUUGGUUGUUUUCUCUGCCUUCUUUAUCCUAUUUAGACCUCCAAAACAACAAACUUACCGGACCUAUUGAUCAUGUUGAGAUGCCCAAUCUCUUUUUAGAGGAAGUCUAUUUGCUCAAUAAUGAGAUAAGUGGUUCAAUUCCUAGCUCCUUCUUUGAUCUUGUAAAUCUUAUUGGAGUCGACAUUUCUUCAAAUAACUUAACUGGCACCAUUACACCCGACGUGCUUUCGAAGCUUGUCAACCUUGAGGAUCUUGAUCUUUCCAAUAAUAGUUUGUUGUCUUUGAGCAAUAAUGGCACUGCUGUCAACUAUUCCUUUCCAAACCUUCAGUGUUUAAUGUUCUCUUCUUGCAACAUACAAAAGUUCCCAAGUUUCUUAAGGAGGGCGGAGAGUUUGCGAGAAUUGGAUAUUUCCAAGAACAAAAUUUCUGGUCAAAUUCACAAAUGGGAAAUAGAAGGGUUGUCAUUGGAUACGUUAAACCUUUCUUAUAACUUCUUGACUGGUAUAGAUUCAUUCGGUUUUGGAAAUCUUAGAACUGUUGACCUCAGAUCCAACUUACUACAAGGAUCACUUCCUUUUCUAUCAACAACUGGGGAUUAUAUGGAUCAACUCCUCAUUUCAGGGAAUAAUUUGACUGGCGAAAUCCCUUCUUCUUAUUGUAAUUUUACUUAUCUUGAAGUUCUAGUCUUAGCUAAUAAUAGGUUGGGAGGAAAAAUUCCAGAAUGUUUUGGAAACUUGAGUUAUCUCAACUUCUUGGAUCUGCGGAUGAAUAAGUUCCAUGGUAGGAUUCCAAAUUCAUUUGUCAACAACUGUGUCUUGUUAACUCUCAGCCUAAAUGGCAACCAGUUGGAAGGGAUAUUGCCACGGUCUUUGGUUAAUUGCAGUAAUUUGGAAAUUCUAGAUGUGGGGAACAACAACUUGAAUGAUACCUUUCCACAUUGGUUAGGUGUUCUUCAAUCGCUAAAAGUUCUCAUCCUUCGAUCUAAUCGAUUUCAUGGUGCCAUCAGCAAUUCUACGCCUGCAUUUUACUUCCCUCAGUUGAGAAUCAUUGAUGUCGCACAAAAUGAUUUUAUGGGUCUCCUACCGAGUAACUUUUUCAAAAUUUUGAAAGGUAUGAGAGAUGUAGCUCCAGUUGAUAAAGUCGAAUUGGAAUACAUUGGGUGCCGUCUGGGAUGUUAUAGAGGUUCGGCACUUUGCCUAAUGUUUCUUGAUGGUUGUAUGGAUUCUGUGAAGGUAGUGAUGAAAGGGAAUGAGGUGGAGCUUGAAAGGAUCUUGAAAAUUUUCACAACUAUAGAUUUCUCGAGCAAUCAAUUUCAUGGACCGAUUCCUGACGAGCUAGGACAACUCAAUUCACUUUUAUUGCUAAACUUAUCCCACAAUAGUCUCAAUGGUCAAAUCCCGUCAUCAUUGGGGAAAUUAGUAGAACUCGAGUCAUUAGAUCUCUCAUCAAACAAGCUUGAAGGCAAGAUUCCAGAGCAAUUGACAAAGCUGACAUUCCUAUCAGUUUUGAAUCUUUCACACAAUGAACUUAUGGGCCACAUACCUGAAGGGAAGCAGUUUAGUACUUUCUCAAAUGAUUCCUACAUUGGGAACUCUGGAUUGUGUGGACUCCCAUUGACAAAGAAAUGCGAAGAACCAAGACCACCUUCACCACAAUUUGAUGAAAAAGAUGACUCUACAGCAGUCUUUGAGUGGAAGUUUGCAUUGGCAGGCUAUGGGUGUGGACUGGUGUUGGGACUUAGUCUAGGAUACAUUGCCUUCACUAUAGGAAAACCAUGGUGCGAGGAUUAUUACUUAGGAGGGCUGGGUGAGGGACGAUCCCAACCUCUUUGGUCUCCGAAGGCCCACACUCUAGCCAUCGCCAAACUCAAAUCUUAUUCUUUGGCUGGUGGUCUGAUUCAUAGGCAGCAUCCUAAAAGAGAGACACAACCCCAGAUUACAUCCUCAAGAAAGGUUUCUGUUGUGAUGGUUGAAGUAAUUACUUGUUUUGAUGGCUUUGAUAUUCAGAUCACUGCAGAAAUGGGGAAAACUCACCUUGUCAUAGAGUGGUGCAUUGUCUACCAUAACCAAUUCACUUGGCUAUAUAUUGCUGCUCUUAGACACUUGGGAUAUAAUGACUCAAGCUGCAUGUUCUUGGAGAUGCUAAUCAACAGAGGUUGUCUGGGUGUAGUUCCUCUUACUUUGAACCAAAAAAGAAUGACUACUCACUACUGCCGCAGAAGGAAAUUCUUUAGCCUGCUGCUUGCAGAUGGAUUCUAUGGAAGUGCUCCAAAUGGUCUUAAGGCACUUGUAGUGGUGCAAUUGCGGAAGAUGCUUUUAAUGUUGGGCGGUCAAGUCAAUGUUACUAGUUACUACUGUGCAGUCACCAUUGAAGACGAUGUAGUGAUCAUAGCUUUCAGAUUCCAUGGACAGAUUCCUGAAGAGCUGGUUGAACUCAGUUCACUUCUAGUACUUAACUUCCCUUCCAACAGUCUCACAGGUUAAAUUCCAUCAUCUUUGGAGAAAUGGGCAGAACUUGAAUCAGUAGAUCUCUCGUUAAACAAGCUUGAUGGCAGGAUUCCUGAGCAGUUGACGAGUCUGACAUUCUUUUUGGUUUUGAACUUUUCAUACAAGGAACUUUUAAUUCACACUCUACAAGGGAAGUAGUUCGAUACUUUUUCUAAAGAUUGCUACAUUGGAAACUUAGGAUUGUGUGGAAUUCCAUUGACAAUGAAAUGCAAGGUGACAAAGAACCAGAAUCACCUUCUUCCAAUUUGAUGAAGAAGAAGAUGAAUCUGCAGCAUUAUUUGAUUGGAAAUUUGCAUUGAUGGGUUCUGGUUGUGGACUGCUGUUGGGACUAUGUCUUGGAUACAUUGUGUUCACAACAGGAAAACCAUUGUGGCCAGUGUAAAAGGUAGAGGUAUGUCAACAGAAGUUUGUGGGAUGGUACAGCCGCAGAAAUAAAAAGAGAAAAAACCAGCAACCUGACCGAUGCUCUUAGCGAUGCUCGAAAUAAGCUGCAGGCAGCUGCACUUCUUUUCUUCCACUUAUAAGAUGUACCCAAAAAAAAAAAAAAAUUGCAAGCAUGAGCAAACAGAGCAAACAGAGCAUUGUUUGUUGUUCGUGAGUCCGUUCUGCAUUGUUUCAUGAGUUUCUUUCCCGAAAUCCUAUGGUUGUUUUUUCUUUUCCCUACUUUUUCUUGUUCAAUGUUGAAAGAGCAGCAUCCUGAAUGGGGAUCAUUGUUGUAUUAUAUUAAUAUGAAUUUAAGACUAUUGGUUUCUUUUAAUAAAUGAAGUCUAUUUAU